GAUGACAACAAUCUAUUCAAUCAUUCUUCAGGGGAUGCAACACAUGCAUAUGAACUUGAGUUGAUUUCGGACUCAUGAUUGAACCGAUUAAAUCUCCGCCGCAACAACGUACGUCCAACGAAACAUUGGGGCUGUCGGAGAGAGCUUUAUCCGCCUCCGGCGCCGCCUGCCUCUCCGCCGUUAUUGUUAACCCCCUUGAUGUAGCUAAAACAAGGCUGCAAGCACAGGCUGCAGGUGUGGCUUACUCUCAUCCGAUGACUAGUCAUACGAGUCGAAUGGCAGUUUUUGGACCAAACAUGAUGUUUGCGGAUCUGAGAUGUUCUCCAUCAUGUGCCCGUGCCGGAGUACAUGGUACAGUGUCAAUCUGCCCGCGAGAAUGUUUCGAGUACAAAGGAACGCUGGAUGUGUUAUACAAAAUUAUUCGUCAGGAGGGAGUUGCAAGAUUAUGGAGAGGCACAAUUGCUGGUCUUGCACUGGCUGUACCCACUGUGGGAAUUUAUCUCCCCUGCUAUGACAUAUUCCGUGAUUGGUUUGAAGAUCUUGCAUCUCAGAAUGCUCCAAGCAUGACCCCAUACGGCCCUUUAUUGGCUGGAUCAUUGUCACGCUCAUUGGCUUGCACUAUCUGCUAUCCUAUAGAACUUGCUAGAACCCGCAUGCAGGCAUUCCACGACCUCAACAGUGGGAAAAAAGCUUCUGGAGUGUGGAAGACAUGGGUGGAUGUGUUAUCUAAUCUCAAGACAUCGGAGAAUAUGAAGAGCGUGCAAAGUUACCGCGUACUUUGGACAGGUCUCGGGGCACAGCUGUCGCGUGAUGUACCUUUUUCUGCAAUAUGUUGGUCAACUCUUGAGCCAGUAAGAAGAAGGCUACUGAGUUUGGUGGGUGAGGAAGCCAAUGCAAUGAGCGUUCUUGGUGCAAAUUUCUCUGCGGGUUUUGUUGCAGGCUGCCUUGCUGCAGCUGCCACGUGUCCACUUGAUGUUGCAAAAACUCGAAGACAAAUAGAGAAGGAUCCCACUAGAGCAUUAAGGAUGACAACGAGGCAGACUCUAAUGGAGGUUUGGAGGGAUGGUGGAAUGAGGGGACUCUUUACAGGGGUAGGUCCUCGUGUGGGGCGCGCAGGGCCUUCAGUUGGAAUUGUGGUAUCUUUUUAUGAAGUGGUGAAGUAUGCUCUACAUGAUAAUCAACAACAUGAAUCAUGACUUAGCAAAGCUGGCACGACCAUUAUACAUUGACCCAUAAUAAUUAUACAGCAUACGCCAUGGCAUGCAGAGAUUAGCGUUCCAGGAAUACAGUUGGGGCUGUUUUAGCCUACAUCAAAGCCAAAAUUUGUUUUUGGCGUUUUAGCAGUGUAAAGCGAGAAAUGAACAAACCAGACGGUAACAUAACAGUUGUGAAUGAGUCCCUGUGUUUUCAAAGACAUCUACUAUCAUUGAUGUGAGUUACACUAUCAUAAGUGAGCCUUUCCCUUCCGGUUGCUAGAA